AUGUCGUUCAGUCGCCUGUUGCCGGCAUUGGUCGCUGCCCUGGCGGCCGGUGUAGCCGCAAAGUCUAAAUGCAACUCCGGUGCAGGCCUGACCGUUCAGACCACCAGUGGUGAGCUCACCGGGGCAAUCAACGCCACAGCGCCCAAUGUCAGGCAGUUUCUGGGUAUCCCUUACGCUAAGCCGCCUGUGGGAGCCCUGAGGUUCCAGCCGCCGACCCCAUACGUAUCCGACGGGCCGGUGAACGCGACCAAAUUCGGUGCUUCCUGUCUGCCUCCAAAGGCAAGCGGCGGCGCAAGCACCAGCGUCUACGAUUUGAUUCCCGAGUUUUACAACGCAGAUCCGGAGGUGGGCGAGGAUUGUCUUUUUGUCAACGUGUUUGCACCCCUACGACCGACUGGCGAAAAGCUUCCCGUUUUCAUAUGGAUCCACGGCGGAGGGUUCACGGGCAACAGCGGAAAUGUGCCUUAUCAGAUCCCAGCCCAGUGGAUUGAACAGACACAGGGCCAUAUAGUUGUUACAAUCAACUAUCGUCUGAACAUUUUUGGCUUUCCCAACUCUGCAGCCCAGCCGCUAAAUGCUGGCCUCUUGGACCAGAGACUUGCGGUCGAGUGGGCUCGUGACAACAUUGCUGCAUUUGGUGGUGACCCGGAACGCAUGGCACUCUGGGGCCAGUCUGCGGGUGCCUGGUCGGUGAACUACUACGGAUACGCAUACCCGGAAGAUCCUAUCGUCGCGGGUCUUAUUGCUGAUUCUGGCGGUUCCGCUGUGUUCACCACUGAUCCCACGUACAGUAACUUCACUUCCGUGGCUACUGCCGCUGGGUGUGGCGGGCUUGAUGCUGCAGCCGAGUUGUCUUGCAUGCAGGGUGUCGAUGCUUUAACUAUCCAAGCGCUGUAUUCAAACACCUCCGGCGUCAGUUUCGGACCCAGUGCCGACAACACCACGGUCUUCUUGAACAACACAGAGAGGGCUCUCACAGGACUAGUUGCCCAGAUUCCGGCUAUCAUUGGUACAAAUUCUCGUGAAGGCAGUGGUUUCGUGCCUAUUCCCCAAAAUGGCAGCACCCCUAGCGACGACGAGAUCAACGCAGCCUCAACUAUUAUCACUUGCCCAACGUUCCAGGAAAUCCAGAACCGUUUGGCGGGCGGUCUAACGACGUACCGUUAUGAGUACACCGGUAAUUUCUCCAACAUCACACCACUGCCUUGGAUUGGUGCUAUUCACAGCGGUGAACUCCCGCUCAUCUUCGGAACGCACUUCGAAUACCGUGGAAACUCGACGCAAUUUGAGUACUACGUUAGCCACGCCAUGCAAGGCAAGUUGGCCUAUGUCCCCCGCGGGUCAUCCGAAUUCGUACUUUGCAUCAAGCUAACACAUAAGGUUUAA